UCUAUGCCAAGAUGUCAGCGCUCACACGGUGCGCACGUUAUGCAAGGGUUUUUAACCGUUCUCUGCAUAGUUACAGUAGAAAUAUUACAAGAAGCCACACGGAACAAAAGAAAAAUGUAUUUGGAAUUCGUACAGCACAGCUUAAUAUCAGGCAGGAUUUACCAAAAAGAUUUUAUGCAGUUGGCACCGGAGAGAGUAGUCAAAUAAAAUACGAUGACUCUAAAGAGAGCAAAGAAUUUUUUCAACGGGAUCUUACGCAACUGCGCAAAAACAGGAAGAGAUUUAAGCAUUCUGAAGAUUACCCAGCGAGCCAUUUUUGGAAGAAGUUUGAUUAUAGCUUCAUACGCAAAGUGUAUGAUUUUCCGUCUACUUGCAAAAAUAUCUACCUUGCAAUGAUGUCACAGAAAGGGAUCAGUGCUGCCGAGUUUUAUGAUUUCAUGUGUCUUGUAGAGCAGAGAGACCAUUUUAGUGAUGAUGAACUGAUGCUUAUUUUAAAGUCCGUUGGGUUUUGGAAUAAGGAAGUAAGCGCAGAAGAGAAAGCCCGGUGGACAGAAUAUCUUACACGCAGAUUCCAUUCCUUAGGUAUACCCCUAGAUGUUAGAUAUUAUAACACUGUGUUAAGGAAUUACCUGCAGAGUAACUACAGGUUUUCACCAGUCGAUUUCAUGACCAGUAUGGAGAAACAUGGUGUAGCUCCCAAUGCAGUAACUCUGUCAAGAUUUGUUAUUGCGUAUUGUAAGGUUGGAGAUAUCAAGUCAGCAAGUCAAAUUUUAGAACACAUGCGGUCAUCAGAGAUGUCCAUAAAUGCAAAAGUGUACGAGAAUUUGAUACUGGGAAACUUCAUUGCAGGUGAUAAAGAAACGGCCAUGCAGCUCUUCAAGGAUGCCAGCAAUAUGGGAUUUCAAAUGAAUGCGUCCAUGUACCAUGUAGCAGUAGUCGGUCAUGGUCUUAUGGGAGAUUUGGAUGGAAUGAAGGAGAUGUUGAAAGAAGCAAAGGACAACUUCGUAACAUUCUCAGAUGGUGCGUACUCUACAAUGAUAGAACAAGUGGCACCAAAGGGACGCAAAGACAUCAUAGAUUUUUUGAUGAACGAGUUGACACAAACAAGUACUUUCUACUACAAUGAGGGUGUGGAUACCUUGCCGGUACUGUUUCAGCAAGGGAACAAUGAACUUGCCCUACAGUAUUUCAUGGGCUUAAAUGACCCUAGUGCAAAGCUGUUUUACAAAGCUGCAUUGAUCUCAAAUGUGGCUACAGAAGAUGUGAUCAAGUAUUCCAGAAUAUUUAAGAAAGAAGGCAUCAGAGAUGCAGCCAUAACAGAAUAUUUUGGACUGGCUGUACUUAAAUAUCUCUUUGAGCCAGCUAUGGCAAUAUUGCCUCAUAUUCAAGCUGAGGGAGAAACCUUGCGCCCACAGUACCUUUGGCCGCUGAUUCAGUAUUACAAAAUCAUUGGAGAUGUGGAAGGUUUAAAGAAAGUAGUUCCUUUCAUUGAGCCCUUUAACAGUGGAGGGAUAACAAUUCAGCUGUACCUGGAGAUAGCCCUCUUUGCGCUAAGAGUGUCACAGGAAGAAUACAAAAACAUUUUACAGAAGCAUUCAAGAUUUAACGAGGGACAAAUAAAUGGGUGUCUGGUUAGUAACUGUUUGCUAAGGGAAGGAUGGAAGGCUGCUGCCGAAUAUGCAAAGUCGUGUGGCACAGUAGAAGACAUUCCUUCAGACAUGACAUACCUUAUUGCUGGGAGAUUGAUAAGGGAUGAAAGUAAAAAAGAUUGGAAGCAUAAGUUGGAGGUGCUGGCAUCAUUGACAAACAGUAUGGCACAAGAUCGUGUGAUUGGCAAGCUACUAAAAAUUGGAGUUGACAAGACAGAGCUCAAAGAGGUCAUGUUGGAAAAGGGUAUUACAGUGAAUCAGAAUUUUCUGUCAGAGGACUUCAAAGCAUUGUUUUCAGAGGAGGAACUGGUAAAAGUCAGUCGAAAGAUGUACAGUUCAAAUGAGUUGAGGAACAUGACAUUCAGGGAACUGGAGGCAGUUGAGGACAUAUAUGGAAACAACCAACUAUAUAAAUGUUGUUUACUUGAGAAAAGCUUUAUUGAAAAGGAAUGGAAAACAUUCAAAAGAACUCUAGAAUCUUUAGACAUGUCCAAAGUACACUCUUUUCCACUGGUGGUGUAUAGAGCAGCUCAGUUUUACUUGAGAAAAGAAAAAAAUUUGCAGAUGGCUUUGCAGGAGUUUGACCGUCUACAGAGUCAAUACCCCUCUUUUGUCCCAGAUUGUGAUGUGACGUUGGAGGUUACCAUAGCACUCUUAAAUGAAGGAAGAUAUGAUGAUGCUGUGAAGUUCUUGGCGAAGUACAACUACAGAGACAGACAGGAUGUUAGUUUGUUUAUUAACACUAAGUCACUGUUCAGUAUGGACCCGACACCAGAAAAUGUCAAGAUUGCAAACCAGUUGUUAGAAACAUUGGCAAGCAAUGGGUACUUAAAAAAGGCACGGAAUUUUCUGUUGAAUUACUGGAACUUUAUUUCAGGCUGUGGUGAUUUAGCUGCCAUCUUAGACGCUUUUGAGAUGUUGAAAACAAAGUACCACUAUAUUCCAUAUAAUUAUACAGAAGUUUUUGGACAUUUCCUCAAGAAUAAUGACAAGAGCAGUCUUCAGUCAGCUUUUAACAAGUUUACUGAUGUAGUUAUGGAACAGGAGGUUUUGCUUAGCUUGGCUGCAGCAUUUUUAGAAAAUAAACAGCUUGAGAAAGCCAGGAAAGUUCUAGCUACGCCUGGUAUGAGGCUGAUGGCGAACAGUUUCAGAAGUAUUACUCAGCAAUGGGCCUAUACAGGGAAGGAUGAACUGAUUGAUGAGUUUUUGCAGCUGGUUAGCGACUUGCCAGGAAACAUUCAACAGGCUGAGAUAGUUUGUUUGAAUCUACGAGCCAUGUGUAACAAAGAAAAUCCUGAUGUGGAUGCUUGUAUCAGAUACUUUGAAACAAAGUUUGAUGAGGAAGAGGUUAUAGCUGAUAUUAACACGCUAAGAUUUUUUGCCAAAUUUCUGUCCCGCCAUGGGCGUGAAGUGCCAUAUGAUCAAAUUACACUGGACUUGAUAAAGGAAAAUAAAGGAGAUCAACCUGUUGUGAAGGCUUCCCGGCCAAGAGCGAUGUUUAGGCAGAAAAAGGAACCAGAACCAACGAAACCAGCUGAAAAGAAAAAGAAACCGGAACCAGCAAAACCAGCUGAAAAGACUUCAGCAGAAGAGGCAAAUGAUGAUACAUUAUUACUUUUACUGAAACGAAGGGAGUUCAAACGGGCAUUGAAGAAGUGUGAAACCAUGUCUACAGAUGAAAUAAAAAUGAUGCUUCCAGAUGAUGAGGGCCUUCUUACAAAAUGGGCAGAAUUUCUUGUGAGGGGAAAUAAAGAAAAAAUUUUAGAGUGUUUACCUGAGGAGAUUCAGACACAAGCAAUAAAUGGAGUAUGUGAUAAAGUACAUAAAGAGAAGGCUACUGUGCCCAUAGACUGUUACAGAUUCCUUUUGGAGAAACAACCGGACAGAGUUCUGUCAUGUGUACCAGAAAUGGAUCUCGUGAAUCAGACCAAGUUGUUUGUUGCUUCCUUGUUCACUGAAGAUUCUGCUCUAUCAAAAUCUGUUAAAGAGAUGAUAAAGCCAGAACGGGAGAAAGUAUUUUUUCUUGAUGCUUAUAGAAGAAUGGGGGAUAUGAUGUCCAAUAUCCAAAAGCAGAAACUAUCAGAUUGGAGAGAGCCAUAUUUCAUCUUGAUUGAUUCAUUUGAGGACAAGAAUAUACUAGCAGUUGGAGUAUCACACCUAUUCUCAAAGUUUGCAGGAAAAAACGAUUUUGAAGGGUUAGGAGUGUUAGCUGAAAAGGCUAAUUCUUAUGGGUUAACCUUUGAGGAAGUUGCAAAUUUGAUGCCCGAGAAGGGGAGACCAGGGUUUAUUAGUACGAUUGUCAAGGCUGAAGAAACUCUAAAAGCGGAGAAUAAACCGGUACCAUGGGAACCAUCUUCAAACUGGACAGUUACGGAAAAGCAAGCCGAAGUAGGUGAAACAAAAGUUGAAUCAACAGAUAUCACCACAGAGAAAGCAGUGACAGAUAUAGCAACCAAAGUUGAUGACCAUACAGAAAUUGCAAUUCCGAAAGAAAAUCCUGUUGAAGUUACUGUAAAACAGACUGAAAAAACUGAAAUUUUCACAGUGAAGAAAGAUACCGAAGAAAUUGUUGACACUGCUAAGACUGUUUCUAUGGCAACAGAAUCUGAAAUGAAGGAUGAAGCUACUGUGAUUUCUGAAGAUAGAAGUGAACUUGGUUCUAAAAGCGAAUUUACUAAGGAUCAAAGUUGAACAUAGUUUAAAUGUUAGUGGCUUUUCAAAGAGAAUCAAGAGUUGAAAAUUCUUAGUUUAUGUUUUUAUUUAAGCUGUAUGAAAUUGCACUUGUCCUCCGUUAAUGGUGAUGUUUUUAUCAAAGCUGUAUGAAUUUGCGCUUGUCCAUUAAUGGCGAUUCUUAUUUCUGCGUCUUAAUUAAACUAAGAUACUGAUGAGAAGUUUGCAGAAACCAAGGUAAAAUGCAAAGAUUUCUAUGUGGAGAACAGUUUUGAAGAAAUGUUGUUUGCAUGUUUGUUUUGCAUUGUUGUAAUAUUAUACUAUUAAAAAAAUAGUUAUUCUUGGAUGACUUAUUCUUGUUAAGUUUGUGGUACUGCCAUUCUACAAAUUAAAUUAAAUCACAGGAAAGAAAUAGUUUAUGUGUGUUUCUUCAAUAUUUGAGCUGCAAGAACUGUUGUCAACUUGAAAUAUAGUAAAACUCUGAUCUUUUGAGGUUACAAUGGAAUUUUUCAGUUAUUUGGGACUUUUCGAUUGUCAAGAUAUAAAUAAUAUUAAACGGUGAGGGUUUGCAUAAAUUGCUUGAUUGAACCAAAUGCCAGAGCAACUGAUGCAUGAGUGAGAGGUGAUCUCUUGCAACCGUUUUUGUCAAACCAUGAAAUUUUAUGCCAUUAGCAUUUUAUAGUUUUAAAAAUAAUUGAAGGAUUUUUAUGAACUUGUGAGGACCUACAAAGUUGAAAGAGAUAUUUUCAUGUUUAAACUUUAUUUUUAUUGAAUUAUUUCAUUUUAUUUGUAAAAUGUGUUCACUUCCAAAGGGUUCAUGACUUUUUUCCUAUGUUGCUCCUCAUACAAAGCAUAAAUUGCCAUUGAACAUAAACUUUUUCAUGUGACGAAGUUGUUAUUCAGAAUAAUGAAAACAAUGUGUGUGUGGGGGCACCUGGAGGUUUUCCUAUACGAUUAGCUGAAAUGUUUACAUGCAAUUGUCAAAGAAAAAGAGUUUGUUGUAUGGUUUUACCAAAAGUUAAAAAUUUUGACCUACAAAUAAACUGAAUCAUUUUUUGUUGGGAAAUGGACUUGAGUAGAUUUCAUUGUUGCCUCAAUCCACAAAAUUAAGUCUCAACAAAUAUUUUUCCUGAAAUCAGUUUGACAUGCCUGCACAAAAUUGUCAUUUCUGCUAAAAUCACGAAUUUUAUGGCCACAAAUUUAAAUAAUUUUAUAGUACUUGAUUUAAAAUAUUUUCCAUCAUUUUGUAAAAAGAAAUACAUAGCCAUUUACUUCUUGUACAGUAGAUAGUGGAUUCAUUUUUCUCAAACAGCUCUUGUUGUAAUAUUCUGUUGUUUUUGUUGAAAAAUAAAUUCCUGCAGUUGUUCAUAUUGUUUUGCUGAAAUGUUAAUACAAGUAUGAGUUGUUAGAAGUUUACUUUCAACUUGUUCAGAUUUCUUUUGAAUUUAAGCUCUAUCUUAAGUUUGUAGUCAAGAGAUUUGGAGUUUAUGCUAAGAAUUGUUUAAUAAAUGGCAUUAAACGUUUUACCAAAAUAUAAAAAUUUUGACUUUCAGUUAAACUGAAUUAUUUACAUUGUAGCUCUAAUUAUGUCUCCCACCACACAGUGGUGUGGGAGACAUAUUUACUCCAGUCUGUGUGUGUGUCUGUCUGUCUGUCUGUUUGCACAAAGCUUGUCCACACUCUAAGUCGAACAUUUCUCACCCGAUUUUCACCAAACUUGAACAAAAUGUGUCUGACCAUAAGACCGCGGGCCAAGUUCGAUAACUAGCCAAAUCGGCCCAGGCACUUGGGGAUUAUGGCACUUGAAUUACCGAAAAAUCCUCAGAGCGCAUGCGCUUCUCUACACCCGAACCGUACCCUAUACUACUUUUAUUUGUAGUAUAGGGUACGUUUUGGGUGCAAGAAAGCGCAUGCACAAGUAGUAUAGGGUACAUUUUGGGUCCAAGAAAGCGCAGACUGACUUACUAUUUAUAUGAUUAGGCAGUUGUGGGAGACAUGCGCUUUUCUCAAAAGCAUCUCUAGUUUCAAAAUUAAGUCCUUAUAAAUACGAUUUUUUUCAUGAAUUCAGCACCUCAUGUCUGAAUAAAAUUGACAUUUCUGCCAAGACCACAUAAUUUUAUAUCCACAAAGUUAAAUGAUUUCACUGUAGUUGAUGUAAAAUAUUUUUUGUGGUUUUGUGAAAAGAAAAACAUAGUCCAACAGUUCUUAUUACUCUGUAGCAUUUGUUGAAAAAAAUUAAUUACAGUUGAAACUCAAAAUUAUAAACUCACUUAUCAUAAUUCUGGAAGACAUUUUCAGUUUCUGUCCAAAUGACAUUAAAUUUGCUGGAAAUGUCAUUUUAAGUCGAAUUGCAGUUAUCUCGAGGUAAAACGCUUGGUCCCUUGGAAUUUGAGAUAGGGAGUUUCAACUGUAUUUUGCUGAAACUUGAUUAGGAGUUCUUAGAGCUAAGUUUUCAACUUGUUCAGCAUUAUGUUUAAGCUUCAGUUGUGAGGUAUGUUAGAAAUACAUGUUUAAGAAAUGGCAUUAAAGCAUGUAACCAAGUAAAUUUUGACCAAGAUCAAAUUAUUAACUAAAUGAUGAAAUUUGUAGUACAGUGUGUUUAACUUAAUCAUGCAUUAAUGAUUUCAGUCAGUUUUUCAUUAAAAUAAUUAAAAAACAAA